AAUCAACCAUGGCCGCCGUGCUCCAGACCAUUGCCAAGUACGCCAUUCCCGUCAGCGUUGCCAUCGGUGGCAUUCAGUCUGCCAUGUACGAUGUCCAGGGUGGCCACCGUGCUGUUAUUUUUGACCGUAUUCAGGGUGUCAAGCCCUUGUCGGUUGGUGAGGGAACUCACUUCCUUGUACCUUGGCUCCAGCGCGCUAUUCAGUUCGAUACUCGUACCAAGCCUCGCAACAUCUCUACCACCACUGGUUCCAAGGAUAUGCAGAUGAUUUCACUCACUCUCCGUGUUCUCCACCGCCCUGAGCUUAAGCAGUUGCCUGCUAUCUACCAGAACCUCGGUCAAGACUACGAUGAGAGAGUUCUUCCCUCCAUUGGUAACGAAGUCUUGAAGGCUGUUGUUGCCCAGUUCGACGCUAGUGAGUUGAUCACCCAGCGUGAGGUCGUCUCUGCCAGAAUCCGCGAGGAGCUCUACAAGCGUGCCAGAGAGUUCAACAUUGCUUUGGAUGAUGUCUCUAUUACCCAUAUGACCUUUGGUAAGGAGUUCACCAACGCUGUUGAGCAGAAGCAGAUUGCCCAGCAGGAGGCUGAGCGUGCAAAGUUCAUUGUCGAGCGUGCCGAGCAGGAGAGACAGGCUGCCAUUAUCCGUGCUGAGGGUGAUGCUCAGGCUGCUGAAUUGAUUUCUGACUCUUUGGAGAAGGCUGGUGCUGGUAUCAUUGCUUUCAGACGUAUUGAGGCCUCAAAGGAGAUUGCACAGACCUUGGCCAACUCCCGUAACGUCACAUACUUGCCCAGCAACAGAGAGGGUGGCAACAACAUGCUUUACAACCUCAACGCUUAAAUACUUAGACAAUGACCAAACGGUGCAAAUCAAAAAUAAAAAUGAAAAAGACAUGGAACC